UCAUUACUGGAUCCAUCUACCUGAUGAUGGUGGGGGAUGAUGUGACCUUCCGGUGCGGAAUCCUGGGAAUACUGAGGAUAGGGACAUCUCUCUGGGGGGUUCCCAUUACUGGAUCCAUCUACUUGAUGAUGGUGGGGAAUGGUAUGGUGCAAUCUUUCUGUGUGGAAUCCCGGGAAUACAGAGGACAAGGACAUCUCUCUGGUGGGUUCCCAUUACUGGAUCCAUCUACCUGAUGAUGGUGAGAGAUGAUGUGAUCUUCCUGUGUGGAAUCCCGGGAAUACAGAGGACGGGGACAUCUCUCUGGUGGGUUCCCAUUACUGGAUCCAUCUACCUGAUGAUGGUGGGGGAUGGUGUGACCUUCCUGUGUGGAAUCCCGGGAAUACAGAGGACAGGGACAGCUCUCUG